AUGAUUGUUACGACAAUAAUAUUUGGGGCAGUGUUUUGGCAAAAAGGGAAGGAAAUAAACACUCACCGGGAUUUGUUCAAUGUGUUUGGAUCAAUAAAUGUAUUCUUCUAUGGCUUAUUCAUUUGCACAGCUUCACUUCUGUCUACUGCAGUCUACACCAUAUUCAUUCUCUUUUCUGGAUUCCUCAUUCUAGGACCUAUGGUUAAUUGUGGUGAAGAUGUUACAAAGGUUGACACGAAGCCUGAUGGCACUUGCCGUGUUAAGGCAAAGAGUGAAAGUGAAUGUCUGGAUUUAAGGAAUCGAAUCUUGGCUGAUGACACUUUCCUGAUCGAUCCCUCUGUGCUUCUACUAAUGGAGAUAUCAAAAGAGUAG